AAAUGUAAAAUAACACAGUACCUUCAUGAAGGAAUGACUGAGUGAAUUCUUCUGUGUUUUUAUUGAAGUUUGUUUUUUAAAUCUGAUGUCACAUAAUUUUUUUUUCUGUGUUACUGAGCACUUUUAUUAGAGAGGGAAGUGGAAAUUAAUUGUAGGGUAUGAGGUUUAAAGGGAAGACUUAAAGAAGCCAAUGAACAAUGUACAGAAGUAGAGGUGAGGUGUUAGAAAAGCGUGUUAGUGUUUGGAAAGAAAACGUUUGGAGUUUUUAAUAGCAAAGAGUGAAUUUCAAAUGUAAAAAUAGAAAAGCUCAAAGUAAAAUUUGGUAAUGUUUAAGAGCAUGUAGAUGCUCUAUUUCAGUGAAAGCCAUGUGCCUAAAUCAGCAGCUAGCCAGCUUAGUAAUGGAGAUGUAAUGCAGACCUGAUUCUGUGAUCCAUGUGUCAUAGCUAGACUUCAAUUUUGGCCUUCAUUGAUAAGUUGGGCAGGCCUAUCAUCAGAGUAGCUGACGUUCUCUGUGACCCUUGUCGUUUUUAAUGAGGUAAAGGAGAAAAGUAAUGCAGCUGUAAUACUUGCUAGUAAUGAGUCUUUUAGGGUUCGCUUAAAGGGGAUUUGUUGUUGUGAAAUGUGGCAUCCUUUGAAAAGAACUUCAGCCAAAAGUGCUGAAGAAUUUAACUGCAAUUAGGGAUAUAGGCAGAGUAAAAAGAACAUUGAGAAAAACAUUGUGAAAGGAUGGUCAGGAGGAGAAAUGAUGUAAAUCAACAUGAAAUGUAACACUUAUGGGAGGGGAGUUUGCUAUGCCUUUUUUUCAUUAAGAGUUUUGCACAUUUUUUGUGAAGUAACAGAUACGCAUAGUAUACUGUUCUUGGGGGAAAGUGUGGUGGUGGUUAUAGCUGAGCUCUGUAGAAAUGCUGUACCCUUUGAAAUGUGAGGAAAACCUAACCUGCUCUUUGUUUGCUUGUUUUCCUAGUUUUUCUCUUGUGUGCAUUACCAUGCAAGAAAAAAACCCUCCUGUCUUUACUUACAUUGGAUUGCUUUGAACUGUACUAUUAUACAUCUUGUUUAUGUGGAUUAAGUUAUAUACAAGGAAAACAGGAUAACAAUGAGGAAGAAAAAUAAUUUGUGGCAUAUAUCUAUGUGCAUGUAUUAUGCGAGUAAGUAUGUGCAUAGAUAGGUUUUGACUAGAAAGCUUUGGCCAUUUUGUUGAAUUGAGAGUGUCUUAGUAAUAAUGUGUAAGAGUAGAUUGUGGGAUAUUUUAUACUGAGAAGUACAUAGUUAUUAUUUUAGGGGGGAAAUAGCAGUUAUUGAUAUCAAUACUUUAAUAUAUUUGUGCUAAUUAGUUUUUAGUGUCUGUGUAUCUUACCAAAAAAUCCAAAAUGGGAGGAGGGUAGCUUUGACAAUACAGUAAAACACUGAGAAUUCAGUAAGCUCUUUGUUAGAACAUAGACACUUAUACAGUUUUAAAGAUACUUUUUUUUAAAAAAGGUUGUUUUAUAAAAUAGUUUCUUGCACUUUACCUGCUGGCUUUUCAAUUUGGUAGAUAACAUCUGAACUCCAGCAGAGUUUUAUAAUCCCCACGUGCUUAAAUAUACUAAAUGUUCUUUUUCCAUUAAGGUUAAUGUUCGUGAAGAAAUUGAAGAGUUUUUUCCAAGAAUGUGGAAGAUAAAUCAAGAUAAAAGAAGGCUAAUGAAAAGUAUUAAAGAUCAGAAAAUUAAAAUUGAAUGGGGGAAAAAAUUGAACAGAAGAUUGGUCAGAUAGAAGCGCUUGAAUAUUUUUUUAAGGCUAUAAGGAAUUGUUUGAAUUGGGGAAGAAUGCACGAAGUAUGAAAAAUGAAAAACUCAAUGAAGAAUGAAGAAAAGUAGAAAGCAAGAGUGAAGUAGAAUUAAAAGAAUCUGGAAGAAUGAAUGGGUCCUAGGUUAAGUAAAUGAGUCUCGCUCCCAGUCAAAAUCUCCAGCUGGGAGUCCUGCUCGUGUAAAAUCGGAGAGCAGGUCAGGAUCUCGCAGUCCAUCGAGGGCUUCCAAACAUUCUGAAUCGCACUCUAGGUCAAGAUCAAAAUCAAGGAGACGUUCUCGAAGCAGAUCGUACACUCCAGAAUACCGUCGUCGAAGGAGCCGUAGUCAUUCUCCCAUGUCCAACAGAAGAAGGCACACUGGCAGCAGAGCUAAUCCAGAUCCUAAUACAUGUCUUGGAGUGUUUGGUCUCAGUUUAUAUACUACUGAGAGAGAUUUGCGUGAAGUCUUCUCCCGUUAUGGACCUUUGACUGGUGUCAAUGUGGUUUAUGAUCAACGGACUGGACGAUCAAGAGGAUUUGCCUUCGUUUAUUUUGAGAGAAUUGAUGAUUCUAAAGAGGCAAUGGAGCAUGCAAAUGGUAUGGAGCUUGAUGGUAGGAGAAUUCGGGUGGAUUAUUCAAUCACCAAGAGAGCACAUACACCCACCCCAGGCAUCUACAUGGGCAGGCCAACACACAGUGGAGGAGGUGGUGGCGGUGGAGCAGGUCGUCGCCGUGACUCAUAUUAUGAUAGGGGAUAUGACAGAGGAUAUGACAGAUAUGAAGAGUAUGAUUACAGAUACAGGAGACGAUCACCAUCGCCUUACUAUAGUCGAUACCGAUCACGGUCGCGAUCCCGUUCCUAUAGUCCAAGGCGCUACUGAAGAUCAGAGGGGUUACAUUUGAGGACACGAUUUUUAAAUAAAAAGUUUGGAUCUUACCUUCCUUACUGCUUCCUUUCCAAUCCUCCCUUCCUUGUCUUUCAUCCAGCUCUUUUACAAAUCUUUGGUUUGUUUAGAACAUAUUUUCAGUUGGAGUAUUCCUGUUUUCCACCCAUCCUUAUUGUAAUACUCUUAAAUAUUGUAAUCGUUGUAGGUUUUGUGUAGUAAAAACAUCUUAAGCAAAAUUAAAUAGACAACCCGAAGUGCUGAUACAUUUUGGAGGUCAUUCCUAUUUUGUUUUUAAGACAAUUGGACUCCUGACUAAUCAGAAGACAGCAUUGAUAUUUUUAAAGCUUGCAUGUCAUAUGUAGUGUACACACUCAGAUACUUUAAUAUAAACUUGCAUUUCCAAGUAACUUGUUAAUAUUUCUGUUAAAAUGUUUACCUGUUACUUUGAUAAGUAAUGACUUCGAGCCUUUUCUGUAAUGACAAAUUUACUUAGUCAGGAACCAGAGGAUUUUUAAAAAUUAUUUAUAUUUUUUUGGUCAGAUAGUUGCUUUGGGUGUAGACAACCUGAGCUAGAGCAAAUUUUGGCAUUUGACUGACAAGGGAAACACACUCUUGUACACACACACGAGAUCAAGGCUAUGUUUUAUAGGUGAAGUUUCUGGAUUAGUACAUAGUGAAUCCAUUGGAAAUGAAAACUGUAAAGAUACUGAGGGUUUUGUUGUACUCAGUUGGGUAUUUCCCCUUAAUCAGUGCAGGAAUAAGAAAUAUUUAUUGAACAUAGCAAUUAGUUAUAUAAUUUGCUGUUCAUAAAAAAAAGAAAACACAAAACACCAACUUUUGGUAUUGCAAUAAUGAUUAAGCGAGUUUUGUUUCCAGUCCUUUUUGGAGUUUUGAAAGUAUGAUGGAUAAACCUACAACUACAUGUAAACCUUUUCCCCCCCCCUCAAUAAAAGUUAAUUCCACUGA